CCGCUACUGGGGCCCGGAGCAGCAGAUCUUUUACGUGCUGACCGUCCCGGACCCGUCGUCCGCCGCCGCCGCCGCCGCCGCCUCCGGCGAGCGGGUCGUCGCUUUCAUGUGGUGGCGCCGGCCCUACCCCACACCCGAGCAGAAGUCGGCGGCCGAGGGCCCGCUCACCGUCCGCGGCUGGCUCAAGCCGGUCCUCCUCGGCCUCAACUCCCUUUCGGGGUACCUGUGGCCGCCGAGGUGCGCCGAUCCGGCGAUGGCGGACAUUUUCGAGGACACGCACAUCGCUUCGGACCCCAUCAAGAACGACCCAGAGCACCCGAGGCGCAAGAACGCGUGGUACCUCUCGACGCUAGCGGUCCACCCGGAGUUCCAGGGCAAGGGAUACGGGUCGCUGCUUGUGAGGGAGGGCCUGCAGCGGGUCGACAAGGAGGGCGUGCCGGCGUGGGUCAUUGGCCUCGGGGGCGUCGAGCCGUUCUACGAGAGGCUCGGUUUCGUCGUCAAGGGGCGGGCGAACGUCGGCAGGCUGGCGGACUGGGACGGCGGCGCCAUCAUGUACAGGGAGUAAGUAGGACGGAGACCCUGCGGACCGGGCCCGACGAAACGAAAGAUGCCACGGCUGUGACGCCUUUAUGAGGAACAGUGAGACGGGGACACAGGAGUAGAAGGCAUAUCUAGAUAAGGUACGCCUACGGAAAAAGCAUUGCGCAGACGGGGCAUAGAUGAUGGGCUUGCAUACCCACACAUGUAUCUGGAGUUGGAUUGUGCCAUUCAGGAAGAACCUGUAGUGUAAAAGCCAAGCAGGCAAAAAAGUGGGGGGGGGGGGGGGGCCAUCCAUCC